UGGUUUAGUAACCUGCAGUCUUAUCUAAUUAACAGUGAGAAAAUAGAAUUUGCAGUUUUAACACGCGUCCUUUUCGCACCAGAACUAGGAUGAUGAACACUUUAGCAAUUGCAGUAUUGUUUGUUUUCUCUUCCCUGCUCGUAGAGAAUAUCUAUUCUCUAGAAUGCUACAUCUGCAAGAAUGCUACUGAUGUAAAGCAGUGUACUACAGUUGCAACUUGUGACUCAGCCCAGUCUUGUUACGUUGAAAAGUCUAAUGUAGGAAACGGGAACACCUUCGACAUGGGAUGUCUUGAGAAUACGAAAUGUGGAAACAGAUUUUCAUUCGGAAGCCUUGUUGGUAAAAGACAAGUAUCACGAUGCCACGAGUGCUGCUCAACAAACCUCUGCAAUGCCAACCUACCUGUGUAGACAUUCCGACGAGUCAGUAUGCGCUGAUGACCCAACUAUUGACUGUGCAAGACUAGAAUCACUGUUCAGCGUUUGUCAAGACUCAGACCAUGCUCAUGAACUUUGUCCAGCGUUCUGUGGCUUAUGCAGAUAUGAUUCUCAAACAACGACAAAACCGAAUGCAGUUACAAGUGGAGGUAGCUGUCAGGAUAGAAAGACUAAUUGUGAUAGAUACGAUGAUGCUGGCUGCAGGGGAAUCUUUGAAAACUGGGCACGUCAUAACUGUGCUCGAAGAUGUAACUAUUGUGAUAGCAUAGAAGUCACAACUUCCGGUCAAUUAUCAGAAAGCGGAGCGACUACCAGUAAUCGACCUGGUGGUGUUGUCAUCGUAAGCAGUAGCAGUUACAAAAUACAAGGAGUUAAGUCUCCAGUCAGCGGUACCUGCUAUCAUCAAAACAAGACAUAUAACCUGGAUGACCAUUGGCAAAAUACGUGUAGAUAUGACUGCCAAUGUAUUGACACUGACACCAACACAGCGCUCUGUAAUGACGUCUGUCCCCAUUACUCAAGCUUGCCUCCAUCGUGUACUAUCAGACAGAAAACUGGUGACUGUUGCCCGAAACUUGACUGUGGAAACGAAACGGAUAUUGUCAACAAUACCAAUAUUGUUAACGUUACAAGCAGUGUGAAUGCAACUUACACAGGCGAUUGUCAAGACAUGAUUCCAGGAUGUGAAUACUAUGAGGAGGUCGUCUGCAGAGGAAUUUAUGAGCCAUGGGCACGUGCUCACUGUCCCCUCAGAUGUGGCUAUUGUGGCUACACGGCACCAUGUGUUGACAAGCUAACUUACUGUGACGCGUAUGAAUUGAGAAUAGCUUGCAAGGACUUUCCUGGGUGGGCAAGGUUUAACUGCAAGAAGACUUGCGGUCUAUGUAAAUAGUGAAAAAGGUUACAAUAAACUGAUACACUA